AUGUUCCGCCAAAGUGUCCGCCGGUUUGGCACUACGGCCCUUCGCGCCUCCCGGGAGGGGUCUACCUUGUACAAUACCCGGGUAUCCACGGCGCAGGGUGUCGUCAAUGGACUGACAGAAGCAAUUGGAAACACGCCGCUGAUCCGAUUGAAGAAGCUCUCUGAGCAGACCGGGUGCAACAUCCUGGGCAAAGCCGAGUUCCAGAAUCCGGGAGGCAGUGUGAAGGACCGCGCGGCUCUGUUCGUGGUUAAGGACGCCGAGGAGAAGGGACUGCUGCGUCCAGGCGGUACGGUGGUGGAGGGAACGGCAGGAAACACCGGUAUUGGUCUGGCGCACGUGUGCCGGUCCAAGGGCUACAAGCUGGUGAUCUACAUGCCCAACACGCAGUCGCAGGGCAAGAUCGAUUUGCUCCGGCUGUUGGGCGCAGAGGUGUACCCGGUGCCUGCGGUGGCAUUCGACAACCCGCAAAACUACAACCACCAGGCGAAGCGGCAUGCAGAGGCUCUAGACAAUGCUGUCUGGACCAACCAGUUCGACAACGUCGCCAAUCGCCUGGCGCAUAUUGAGACUACCGGCCCAGAACUGUGGUCUCAGACCGGCGGCAAGAUCGACGCCUUCACCUGUUCUACCGGUACCGGCGGUACCUUGGCGGGUAUCACGCGAUAUCUUAAGACGGCCAGCACCGGCCGCAUCAAGAGUUUCCUUGCGGACCCACCGGGCAGCGUGUUGCACAGCUACAUCCAGAGUGGUGGGAAGCUGAUUGACCGGACCGGUAGCAGUAUCACCGAGGGUAUCGGUCAGGGCCGGGUGACGGAGAACCUCAAGCCCGACAUUGACCUGCUCGAUGGUUCUCUGACCAUCAGUGACGAAAAGUCGAUCGAGAUGGUCUACCGCUGCCUGGACGAGGAGGGACUGUACCUGGGUGCCAGUUCCGCGCUGAACGUGGUGGCUGCCAAGGAGGUCGCCGAGAAGAUGGGCAAGGGCAACACCGUCGUGACGAUUCUGUGCGACGGUGCCUACCGCUAUGCUGAUCGGCUGUUCUCCAACACCUGGCUGGAAAGCAAGAACCUUCGAAGCGCCAUCCCCAAGCACCUGGAAAAGUAUAUCGUGUUGCCCUAG